AUGGCCUUCUCUUGCGCCACAAGAAACCUAUUUUCAAUUCUUCCUCUUCUCGUUGUCCUAUCAAUCACAUUCACCCCUUUGGCUAAAUCUUUUGCUCCGAGUGACAAAGUCACAAAGCAAUUAGUUGACCAAAUCUGUUCAGAUUCAGCAGUCUAUCACAAGAACUUUUGCGUCGAUUGGUUAACCUUUGAUCCAGAAACCUUCAAAACCGACUUGAGUGGUCUUGUCGAGUUGGUCAUCGUGAGGACUCAUUUGUUUGCCUACAAGAACCUAGGGAUGAUGAAAGACCUAGCGAGAACCACGGCUGAUCCAACGCUCAAGGCUCCGUAUGGAAAUUGUGUGACGGGUUAUGAGACAGCCAUUCAAGCGAUCGUAGAAGCUGAAGGGUUCGCCACCUCUAAGUCGUACCUGUUAGCAUCUUAUAGAGCUCUGAAAGCCGUUUUUAGUAUAUCUACGUGCGCAGGUCAGCUUGAUGGACGGACAAAUGUGCCGGCUUAUGUGCCGCAACGCAAUUUGUUGUUUGUAAGAAUGUGUACCGUUGCUAAUGUUUUCUCCAGCGCUUUGGCGAAUUAG